AUGACGGACGUCAAGAUGCAGGUCGAGAACCCCCAAGAAACCAUCGAAGCCAUCAAGCAUGGGGAUAUCGACGAAUCAUUGUAUAGUCGACAGCUAUACGUUCUUGGUCACGAGGCCAUGAAGCGAAUGGGCUCCUCCAACGUUCUGAUUGUGGGUCUCAAGGGCUUGGGCGUGGAAAUCGCCAAGAACAUCGCCCUCGCCGGUGUUAAAUCUCUCACCCUAUACGACCCCGCACCAGUCGCUAUCUCGGAUCUUUCUUCGCAGUUUUUCCUUCAGCCAGAGGACGUCGGCAAGCCUCGUGCUGAAGUUACUGCCCCUGAGAGCGAUCUCGAACAACUAAAGCGCUACCAGGCAGUGGUUCUCACACAGACGCCUUUGAAGGAGCAAUUGGCGAUUGCCGACUUCUGCCACAAGAACAAAAUCUACCUCACAAUUACGGAUACAUUCGGUCUCUUUGGUUAUAUCUUCAAUGACUUUGGAAAGAACUUCACUGUGGGUGAUCCCAACGGUGAAGAGCCUGCUAGUGGAAUUGUGGCGGAUAUCGACGAGGAAGGGUUGGUCUCAGCGCUCGAUGAGACAAGACAUGGACUCGAGGAUGGUGACUUUGUCACUUUCACUGAAGUCAAGGGUAUGGAGGGGCUAAAUAACAGUGAUCCUCGCAAGGUCACUGUGAAAGGUCCCUAUACUUUCACUAUUGGCGACGUCUCCGGUCUAGGAUCCUACCAAGGUGGUGGUCUAUUCACUCAAGUCAAGAUGCCCAAGUUCAUUGAUUUCCAGCCACUGGAGGAUCAACUCAAAAAUCCCGAAGUUCUCAUGUCCGACUUUGCCAAGUUUGACCGGCCACAACAAUUGCACAUUGGUAUCCAGGCUCUUCAUAAGUUUGCGGAGACUCGUGAUGGCCAACUGCCUCGUCCCCACAAUGAUAGCGACGCCCAGGAGGUUCUGAAGAUUGCUAACGAUCUUGCUGCGGCCGGUGAAGAAAAAGUUGAACUGGAUGAAAAGAUAAUCAAAGAGCUGAGUUACCAGGCUCGCGGUGAUCUGAAUCCGUUAGCUGCUUUCUUUGGUGGAAUCGCCGCCCAGGAAGUUCUGAAGGCUGUCUCCGGCAAGUUUAGUCCUGUGCAUCAGUGGCUGUACUUUGACUCUUUGGAGUCUUUGCCUUCGUCAGUCACUCGAUCCGAAGAGAGCUGCAAGCCUCUUGGUACCCGCUACGAUGGUCAAAUUGCGGUGUUUGGCAAGGAAUACCAAGACAAACUUGCCAAUGUCACUCAAUUCUUGGUCGGUUCUGGUGCUAUCGGUUGUGAGACGCUGAAGAACUGGGCCAUGAUGGGUCUGGGUACGGGUCCCAAAGGAAAGAUUUACGUCACCGAUAUGGAUCAGAUCGAGAAGAGCAAUCUUAACCGCCAAUUCCUCUUCCGUUCUAAGGACGUUGGCAGACUCAAGAGUGAAUGCGCGUCCGCGGCCGCCCAGGCAAUGAACCCAGAUUUGAGAAAUAAGAUUGUCACCCUUCGUGAUCGCGUCGGUCCCGACACUGAGCACAUCUUCAAUGAGGAUUUCUGGAACGGCCUUGACGGUGUGACAAAUGCUUUGGACAAUGUUGAUGCGCGGACAUAUGUUGAUCGCCGCUGUGUCUUCUUCCGCAAGCCAUUGCUGGAGAGUGGCACCCUGGGCACCAAGUGUAACACUCAGGUCGUCCUUCCUUUCAUCACGGAGUCCUACUCCAGCUCUCAGGAUCCCCCGGAGAAGUCAUUCCCUAUGUGUACCCUGAAGAGUUUCCCGAAUCGCAUUGAGCACACCAUUGCAUGGGCACGGGAUGUCUUCCAAACCUACUUCGUUGGCCCACCUGAAUCAGUCAACAUGUACCUCUCGCAAUCCGACUACAUCCAGCAAACCCUCAAGCAGGCGGGUAAUGAGAAACAAACCUUGGAGCACCUGCGUGACUUCUUGGUCACUGAAAAACCGCUAACAUUCGAUGAUUGUGUUGUGUGGGCUCGCCAACAAUUUGAAGCGCAGUACAACAACGCAAUCCAGCAGCUUCUCUAUAACUUCCCCCGGGACUCCAAGACAUCAUCCGGUCAACUAUUCUGGUCUGGUCCUAAGCGUGCCCCUACACCAUUGAAGUUCGAUAGCACCAAUCCAACUCAUCUUGGAUUUGUUGUUGCUGGUGCUAACCUCCAUGCGUUCAACUACGGUAUCAAAAACCCCGGUGCGGACAAGGACUAUUACCGACGGGUAGUUGAUGACAUGAUCGUUCCGGAGUUCACCCCGAGCUCGAAUGUCAAGAUUCAGGCCAAUGAAAACGACCCUGAUCCAAAUGCCCAGCCAGCUGGUUCAUCGACUGAUGAUGAGGAAAUCCAGAAACUGGUGGCAUCUCUUCCCUCGCCCAAAUCUCUUGCUGGUUUCCGCUUGCAGCCAGUUGAGUUUGAGAAGGAUGAUGAUACCAACUACCACAUCGACUUCAUCACCGCGGCCAGCAACCUCCGUGCAGACAACUACGAGAUUCCUCAGGCCGACCGACAUAAGACCAAAUUUAUCGCCGGAAAGAUCAUCCCGGCGAUUGCCACCACUACUGCCCUGGCGACCGGUCUUGUUGCCCUCGAACUGUACAAGGUUGUUGACGGCAAGGACGACAUCGAGCAAUACAAGAACGGCUUCGUUAAUUUGGCCCUUCCGCUAUUUAGCUUCAGUGAGCCGAUCGGUAGCGAAAAGGGCACGUAUCAAGGCAAGCAAGGCGAGGUCACAAUUGACAGGCUCUGGGACCGAUUCGAGGUGGAAGACAUUCCCCUUCAGGAGUUCAUUGACUUCUUCGCCGAGAAGGGCUUGGACAUCACCAUGGUCAGCUCUGGAGUCAGCUUGUUGUAUGCAAGCUUCUAUCCCCCGUCGAAGGUCAAGGAUCGCCUUCCUCUACCUAUGAGCAAGCUUGUGGAGCACGUCAGCAAAAAGCCAGUUCCCGAGCACCAGAAAAACAUCAUCUUCGAGGUUACCGCCGAGGACCAAACAGAAGAAGAUGUCGAGGUUCCCUACGUCAUGGUCAAGCUCACAAAAUAA